CUCAGAGGUAACCAGCAACAGACUGAGUUUGGCCAUGACGUUUGCCGUCUCAUCCAACAUCAGCAGUCAAUGCCUGAGCGACUCCGAGCCUGAUGUGGGGCCCUCCAGCAGCAAGAGCAGCAGGAAGAGGAGCAAUCCAGGUGCCGCACUUCAUGGUGAUUUUAUCCGAGCAAAGACAGCCCAAGAAUCAAGCAUGGAGUUCGACACGCACGACAAACUACGCAGGUCAGCCAGGCGCCUGACCAACAAUACGUGUUUCAAUCAGUUUAUGGCUUUGGUCGUUUUAUUCGAUGCUUACUGCAAUUGCAGCGAUAUUGACGCCAGAGCCAAGCUACAACAUGUGCCUCAAGUUCUACAAGUGGGUGCAGCAUGCUGUUUAAUGCUGUACACACUGGAACUUGUCCUUGUAGUUUUUGCGCAAGGAUGGGCCUCGCUGAAAGAUUGGGCAUUCUAUCUGGAUUUGGGUGUGAUCAUUUGUGGCUGUGUGGAGUACAUCCUUGAUUUGCUGGUGGAAUCUACAGAAGUGGCAGCCAGGAUUGGCAUAUUGCGACUGCUGCGACUCGGGCGUAUCAUCCGCUUGCUGCAGCUGCUGAGGAAAACGAGGGCAUUGCGAGAGUUGCAGAAGCUGGUGACAAUGAUGUCCACUUGCCUCAAGGCGCUGGCGUGGUCGUUCAUUUUUUGCUUCGUGAUUAUGACGAUUUGGGCUAUGCUGAUUGUGGAGAUGAUCAACCCGCUCGUGCAGGAGAUACACGCCAAAUACGACACAUUUCAAGAUUGCGAGCAAUGCCUCAGAGCAACCUCGUCUGUCAUGGAUGCAAACCUGUUGCUCUUCAAGACAGUGAUAGCCGGAGACAGCUGGGGUACAAUCGCAGUACCUGUCAUUGAGGCUUAUCCUCCGACCGCCAUCAUUUUUGUCGGCUCCCUCCUGACGUUGGUCUUCGGGGUGCUUAAUUUGAUUGUAGCGGUGGUUGUUGAUACUUUCGCAGACGCCCGCGAUAGAGACAUCCUCAAUUUGGCAGAGGAAAUGGAGCAGGACAUGCAAGCGGACAAGAGGUUUCUAGAGUCAGUCUUUGACCGCAUUGAUGUUGAUCACACGGGGCAGCUCACUUUGGAGCAAUUGGUUGAGGGCGCCCGCACAGAUACAGAGUUCCAGAGCCGCUUGAAGGUCAUGGACAUCGAUGAGAUGGACUUGGUGCAGCUUUUCGAGAUGAUUGACAUUGACAACUCUGGGUUUAUUGAAUCUAAUGAAUUCAUCCGACCGCUGAGUCGCUGGGUUCGCGACUCGAAGACCGCUCCUCGAUUUAUCAAGUACAAUAUGAUGCGAACCAUGCAGAAACAAGAAGAGCUUCAACAAGAGCAAAUUGCACUUCGGCAAGCUGUGGAGGUUCACUUUGCAGAGCUUUGGCAGAGGCUUGAAGCAGUACAAUCCAGUUUCCCACUGCCGAGACAAGACUGCAACAGCUCAAUGAAUUCGGGGCCGAAUUUCAACCAGCCCAUGAAGUUGUGGGGGUCUGCGAAUCCGGAAGAAUUUGUGGAGCAGCCGCAUGCUUCUGUGAAGGUCAGACUCAAGAGGAUGUCAGAGGCAGAGGCCAGUGUGCAGCAAGCCAUGGAUAGAUUGGAAGAGCUGGUGCUUCGUGCUACUGAAUCAGCACUGAAGGAAUCAAAAGGCCUUGUCAAGGGCGUGAUGAGUGAAGUUCUGGUGCUCAAAGAUCACCAAAGAGAAGCAGACACUGCGGAGGCCCCCAUGAUUGAGCCCGUGCUGCCUGUGAAGGUCGCUCCCCAAGCGAAUGUCGCAAGACCAGGGCCAGACGAAGAUUCAUUUCUGUCGGUGUCACUCACGGCAGAGCCUACAUGAGUUUUGACAGGCUUUGUAGGAAUGAUACCUUUGUAAUAUAGGUAUUUUGUUCCCGCUUUUGAAAUUCACAACUUGCCAUCUCCGAAUGGAGAAGUUUGCAGCGUUUGUGGGUUCGAACACCACUGCCAGAAAACAGUGCAAAGGUGAAUGUCUGGUUCUAGUGUUGCUCAUGGUUGGAGGAUCGUAAUGUGCCACACAGAGCUGCUGUGAGUUUGGACUUUUCAUUCAAUUUCCGAGGGCCGGUCUAUCAGCUCAAACGAUGCUACAAUGAUGCUGUCCUAGUUAAGGGCCACCACUCCCAUUUCCGGUUCCGCCGGGGUGGCAAUGUAGUUCUCACUUCACUUGAAUCCGUGCUGGGCAAGCCGGGGAUGGGAGUGCGAAGUUCUGUUCAGGAAUUUCCUACAGUAGCCAGGGUUCUUCAAUGCCAUGCUUUUGGAGUGUGCUCUGUACGGUUGAUUGAAACUGCAAAGCUCAUACAACUAAGCUUUAGGAUUGCAGACCCCCAAAAUUAUAUCCCCCAAAAAUAUAUCCUUCUGGAACGGUAAGUCCAAAAAUUAAGGUCGAAGAAGUCUAAGAACACUAUCUUUCUUUUCAUUGCAACAGGAACAAUGCAUCAGGCGAUGGUUCAUGUUUGCUUCCUUCUGAAGAUGUUCAAAGGUUUGUCACCAAACCUUUCAGAAAGUUGCCAACACAAUUUGUUCCAUGCUCGAUUCCACUUGCACCACAAAAACGGAAGACCCACAAGAGAUGUUGCCUGGUCAAGAUGACUCGUUGCUGAAUUGAGUCAAUGAAUGUCCUGGCAACAACUGCAGUCUGCAGUUUCAUGAUCGAUUCCUUUUGAGCUGAGAUUUGCCUGCAGCAUUUGCAUCAGCUGCCCAGAGCUUCGCUG